AUGAACUUUAUUGUGAUCUUGUGCGUGGCACUUCUCAACUGCAGCCUCGUCCUACCAGCAUCCACAGAUCGCACCUCUUCAGCGGAAACCAGAAUUGUAGGAGGCUUUGAAGCUAAGCCAUACAGUCACCCAUACCUGGUAUCGUUACAGUUAAGAUUUCUAUGGAUUCGUUUCCAUUUCUGUGGUGGAAGCAUUCUCAAUGAGAACUGGAUUCUAACAGCCGCCCAUUGUGUCGAAGAAUCAUGGAUAGCGAAAUUGUUGCCAAUGGAUGCGGUUGCUGGAACAAAUAGCAUCAACAAUUUUGGUAUCAAAGGUCAAGUUAUACCAAUCAAAAAACGUAUACCGCAUCCGAGCUAUGCGGGAGGGAUUGGUCCUCACGAUAUUGCAAUGCUUCGGACACAAGCACCAUUUCAAUUCACAAAAGAAGUUCGGCCAAUUUAUUUACCGAGAAAUUACAAGAUAGAUGACAAUACCAUGGAACUAGCUGGUUGGGGUGCACUAAGGACGACAGUAUUUAUUCCAGAUGUACCUGACAGAUUACAAGAAGUGUCAGUUAAACACAUUAGUUAUAACGAAUGCUACAGCGCAAUUGAAAGCAUUAAAGACAAAGAAGAAUAUAAUCCGUUAGACGAGAAAGCACAUAUGUGUACAGGACCUCUCACUGGAGGCAUCGCAGCUUGCAGCGGUGAUUCCGGCGGACCACUCAUCCAAAUGGUUCCUGUCACCAAAUUAGAUAGUUAUGACUACAGCGGUGAUGCUUAUGAUGAUUACUUAGAUGUUAAAACAGAAUCUAUAUUAAACGAUAUACAGGAAAACAUAGAAGAGGUCCAUGAAGAAGUCAGAAAAGUUCCUGUUGUUCUUGGAGUUGUAUCAUGGGGGAUGGCGCCAUGUGGUCUCAGAGGUGCUCCAACAGUAUACACGAAAGUAUCUGAAUAUAUGAAGUUUAUCGACAAAUACCUCAGCACUUAAAACAACAGUACUGUUUAUCUCAUUGAAUAAAUAC